AUGCAGUUCAAGACUCUCCUCUUCACUAUCGCCGCUUUGGCUCCCGUCUUUGUUGCCGCGUCGUGCGACCAGUGCGGCGAGUGUGUCAGCACUUGCACAAUAUCAAACUGCCCUCCGGGCUCUCACGAAUGCGAUGGCUGGUGCACCGACUUCUGCAGCAGCGACCUAGGCUGCUCCUGUUAA